ACCGGUUGCACCCUGGCGCCCUCCCUCGGCCUCGCCCAGUGCGGUGUUGCCGUAUCUCUCCGAUGUGAGCGAUCGAUUCGUUUUCACCUUGUCGAUAGUUCGCAUAGGCGCUCUUGUGAUCCGCUCGAUAUAGGGUAGGGUCGCUAUUCUGACCUACUCGAUAUGGCGUAGAGUUGCCUUUACGAUCCACUCGAUAAAGCGUAGGGGCGCUUUUGUGAUCUACUCGAUAUCUCGCGGCGUGCGUAUUCUACUUUCGCAUCGCGAAUUCCUCAAUGGACGUUGUUCCGGGUUUUUUGUUUGUUUUUCUUGUGCCUGUCCGGUUUCCCUUUCUGCCGUCCGCUGGUGCGCAGGCCUUCCGGCGGCCCUUUGGAUGCUUCGGCGAUGCCCCUCUGUUCUUCUGCUGAAAGUGUGUUGCCCGGAACACCUCCUGCCGAUCGGUGGACACCGAUAGACGGUACUUAGUUUCACCCUCGUCGAAGUUGGCCUCAUCCGCGCGAGAUAGCGCUUGACGACGGCCGGCCAGUCCUCGCGUUUGAUGGGCUGCCACCGUGGGUUGUCCGCCGGCCCCGUCUGGGGCCACGAUGCCUGACGCUGCAGCUCGGGCCGGCGCGCCUCUGCCCGCUCCCCUGGGCACGACGUCUGUCGGCCUAGCUUUGGCCUCUUGCUCUGGCCAUUGCCAGGGACCUCGCUCCCAUGGCUCAGGUCUGGCGUCGUGUUAUUUGGCUUCGCCUUGAAUCUGGUAAGCCUCCCGAGUUCUUGGGUUCUUCAUCUCACCUUGCCUUUUCUUCCAGCCCGUCCAGGGUGCAGACCGAUCUCCCAGCUCGUGAUCAACAGAUCCUCCGACCUUUCGCCCGUGCUGCCCGUCUCCGGAUUGGCUUGGACGCGGAUGUCACCCCCGUGCAGCGAAUCGGACCCAGGGAUCAUCCGAUUCCCCAGCCGGUAGACCGCGCACGGGCUGCAUUCGCUUUUGUCCCGCCUUCCCCGACGUUGGCAGCUGUCUCCAAUGCCCUGGACCCGGACCCGAACUUCGGCUCACCAUCGGAACGCCAUUUCCGGGGCCACCUCGUCCGUAGACGCACCACGCAACCCGCUCCCUGGGAUAGUGGUGAUCCGGGUCCGGCUUGAUCCGUCCGCCUGCCACAGUCUGCUGCUUAGUUUUACAGCCUCUUGGCUUUGCCGAUUUUAGUUGUAAGAGGAUUCUGGAAGGCCUUGUCCUGCGUGGCAUUAAGUUGGGCCGCUCAUUCCUGCCCUUGUGGAUGAUUCCUGUCCUGCGUGACACGAGUGGUUCCUAGUUUUCCUGAUCCUUAGUUGUAAGAGUAUCCUGUACGACCUUGUCCUGCGUGGCAUCCUCUUGAGUCUCUCCUUUCUGCCCCUGUCGACUGUCUCUGUCCUUCGUGCCCCCGUCCAUCCUUCCCCGUCUGCCACGCCCGUUACCCCUCCUCGAGGGGCUGACUACGAUUCGGUUCCAGGGCUUGUCCUAGGGGUUCCCUCACCGGGCUGUGGCUUCAGGUUACAAUCUACAGAUGACCGGGGACACGAAAUCCAUUAUGGUGUAGGGACCGUCAUAUUUCGGGGCCAGUUUUGCGGCAAACCCUUCGGCCGCGUUGGAUAGAUGGUGUUGCUUGGCCCAUACCUUAUCUCCAAUCCUGGGUUUCCACGCUCUCCUCCUCAGGUUAAAAUACCUCGCCUGGCCCUGCGCAGCUAUUUCGAGAUUCCGCCUCACCAGUUGAAAUAAUUCUCUCAACUUGGCCGCGUUCUCGUCCGGUGUGGGCGUGCCCUGCCCUGUGCCAAGCACUUCUUCAUCGUAUAGAGCCUUUGGUAGCCUUGGCUCUCUCCCUUGGACAAUAAACACAAUGGUAGUUGAAUGACUGAA